AAGACAUUACUCUUUCUCUUCCUUCUCUCUUCGUUCAUAGACAAACUUACCAGACAAAAUAUACAAACAAAACAUAACCCUAAUAUCCGCUUCUUUACCUAAUAUGAUUUCUCCCUUCAUCUUCCUUGUGGUCGAUUGGGCGACGGGUAGGAAACGAUUCUGGUGGCUUUUCCUAAGUCUCUGGAUGAAGCAGACUUUGGAGCUCGCCCGCGGCAGAGAGACCUCCUGCUGUCGGCAGGCUUUCUACUCUCAAUCUCUAGGAGAAAGAGGAAGCCAGAUUCGACGAGUAAUUUCGGUGAAAAUGGCGAAGGCGAGGACAUGCACACCUUUUCAGAUAUUUUGGUAUAAGGAAUAGAGCACUGUAAAGAAAAGUAUGGUAAUACUAACCGGUGGUUGUUGACUUAGAGCAUUAAGAAAAGAGGAUGAUUCGUCAAUCACACUG